AUGGGAGAGGCAUCCAGUAGCACAGGGGUUCAGAAAACCCCGAUUCCUGCUCCAACCGCAUACAGCAAGUCUCCCGAGAAGGCAGCAUUGACCGAGGAGCAGCAAUCAAAGUAUGACUGGCUUUUGGAAAAGGCAAAGGGUUGGACUGCGGUCGCCUCCACGCAAGAAAAGGGCGGUCCGCUCACCGAUAGCGAGAGGCUGUGGCUCACACGAGAGUGUCUGUUGAGGUAUCUCCGUGCCACGAAAUGGAAGAAGGAGGACGCCGAGAGGCGUAUCCUAGAAACUCUCACUUGGCGGAGAGAGUAUGGCGUUGACGAGCUUACCCCUGAGCACAUCUCACCCGAGAACGAGACCGGCAAGCAGAUCAUCCUCGGGUUUGACAAGCAAGGCCGCCCAUGCCAGUACCUGAACCCAGGCCGCCAGAACACAGAUGUUUCGCCUCGCCAGAACCAACACCUCGUGUUCAUGCUUGAGCGAUCCAUCGAGCUUAUGCCACCGCAGCAGGAGACCUUGGCUCUGCUUAUCAACUUCAAGUCGAGCAAGAGCAGAUCAAACACUGCACCAGGAAUAGGUCAAGGCAAAGAAGUCCUGAACAUCCUGCAAAGCCACUACCCCGAGAGACUGGGGAAGGCGUUGAUCAUCAAUGUUCCUUUCCUGGUCUGGGGCUUUUUCAAGCUGAUUACGCCCUUCAUCGACCCCCUCACCCGGGAGAAGCUCAAGUUCAACGAGGAUAUGAGCCAAUACGUCCCCAAAGAGCAGCUGUGGACGGAAUUCAUGGGUGAUCUGGAGUUCGAUUACGACCACUCAGUCUACUGGCCAGCACUAGUGAAGAUGUGCGAGGAAAGGCGCGCCGAAAGAAGAGAAAGAUGGGAAGCAGGUGGCAAGCAGAUUGGUGAGCUUGAGGAUUACUUAGGCGGCCUGGCUCCUCAGGGAAUCGCACCCCUUGUUGUGAAGGAGAACGAGAAGGAGCGUGCCGAGACGCCGUCAGAGGGUGAGAUCGAUGCCAUGGAACUUGCACAGAGGCUACACUCUGUCAAGGUGGAGGACGAGAAGCCUGCUGUUAUUGACCGACCUCCACCCCCGACAUCCCCUUGA